AUGGAAAAAAUGAUAAUCAAACCCGAAUAUUUUUCCGGUCAAGAAGACAUAAAAUAUUUUUUUAAACAGUAUGAAAAGGCGGGAUUAAUAAACAAUUGGGAUGACAAUGACAAAGUAAAAUUUUCAUCCAUAUUUUUAAAAGACACUGCAGGUACAUCUUUAGAAAAUUUGGAAAAUAUUAAAACACAUUGUAAUUGGGUAGAAUUAAAAAAUGAAUUUUUAAAUGAAUUCCAACUGAUCGGUUAUUCUAUCUUAUUAAAAACCAAACUAGUAAAUAGAAAACAGGAAGAUACAGAAUCAAUUAUGAGCUUUGUAACUGAUAUCGAAAACUUAUGUAGGCAAGUGGAAAGAAACAUGAAAGAAGAAGACAUAUGCACUUAUAUUUUAAAAGGACUAAAAGAACCAAUUUUAAACGCUAUUUCUCUUCACGAUAAUAGUAGUUUAUUUAAAAUUAAAACAAAUUUAAAAAAAUACGAACUCAUGCAAUUCAGAAUAAAUUCUAGAGGCCAACCAGGUUUUAAUGAAUACACAGAUAUUUUAAAUAAACAAAUAAUGCAAGUAGGCAAAUAUUCGAGGGACCGAGUCGAAGAACUAAGUGCAAAAAUCGAUCAAUUAAGCAAUUCUAUAAAAAAAGUAAAUUUUAAAGAUAAUUCAUAUAACAGAGAAAAUAGUAAUGACAGAAAUACUUAUAGAGGCUUUAGAGAUAACUCACAAAAUAGAGAGGAGAGAAGCCGAAAUUACGAAAAGGAAUCAAACCGAUAUAGGAACAAUAGCCCGUAUCCGAAUAAAUCGAAUUAUGAAAACAGAGAACGAAGCACUGACCGAAACUACGAAAAACCUAAUAAACAUAAUUACUCUAGAGAUAAUAGUUACGACCGAAAUCAUAAUAGACAAAAUGACAGAUCCAGUAGAGUUCAGAACAGAGACAGAUCUUACUCCAGGGAUAGGAAUUACAUUGAAAGGGAAAUAAAAUAUGACAGAAAUUCUAAUAGAAGUAGAGAUAACAGCAGAUCUAGAUAUUAUAAUAGUGAUCAUACGAGGUAUGAACAGAAAGGAGCCAGCGAUAGAUCAAGGAGGGGUGACUACGAUGACGAGAGUAGAAAACAUGAGUCCAAAAAACGAUAUAACAGAGAAAAUAGUCGAGAAAGAACGCCAGAACGUUAUAAUGGAUACCGUUACGAGAAAGAAUUUGAUAGAGUCACUUGUUACAAGUGUAAUGAAAGGGGACACUAUGUAGAUCAAUGUAGAAUUCCAAAAAACGAUUAA